GGAGGGCACAUAUACAUUUUGUUCCGUCUGCAUGAAGAAAACCGCGCAUUAAAAUCCUCUAUCCCCAUCCCCGCGAUUACCGCAAAAAAAAAAAAAGGAAAAUUAAAUUUUCAAAAAAGCCAAAAAAAAAAAAGUUAGAGAGAGAAAGCAAGUGAUGAAAUGAAUAUAAUUACAAACGAACAUUCUAUCUUUGGAUUGUUUGUAUAAAACCCAGUUUCUGUUUGCUCCUCAAUUCCAGCUCUACAUUUUCCAUUUUUGAUGUUUUGAGCAAACCAGUUGGUUGGUUCCCUAGUUGGUUGCUCCGGACUUCCAACCCGAGCUGAGCCGGCGGCUUCCCGAUACACCCAGAUUUCGGCGGGUGGGUCGUGCAUGGUAAUUGGGUCGGCGCCCGGCGAUGGGUUGCGUGAGCUCGAAGCAAGCGGUGUCUGUGACGCCGGCGUUCGACCACUCGGGGGCCUUCAGGGACAAUGUGGGGAAUUCGGGUCGGAGUCGGGUCGGGCUGGGGGAGGCGGAGAAGAAGAGUAAGAAGGGGGCUGAGUUGAGCGGGAGCGAGUUGGGUGAGUCAGGAAGAGCGAGUUCGAAUGGCGGCGGCGGCGGCGGUGGCGGGAAUUGUCACAAGAGCAAUAAUAAUUAUUCCGAGUCUCUGAGUUUUAGAUUGAGCAAUCUGCAGAAGUAUGUGGAGGGUGAGCAGGUGGCCGCAGGCUGGCCUACUUGGCUCAGCGCCGUCGCCGGCGAAGCCAUUCAAGGGUGGGUCCCACUCCGUGCCGAUGCCUAUGAGAAGUUAGAGAAAAUUGGACAGGGUACAUACAGUAGUGUGUUCCGAGCACGGGACCUCGAAACUGGGAAGAUAGUUGCCUUGAAGAAGGUGCGGUUUGACAAUUUUGAGCCUGAAAGCGUCAGGUUUAUGGCACGAGAAAUCUUGAUUCUUAGAAGGCUUGACCAUCCAAACGUCGUUAAACUGGAGGGCUUAAUUACUUCCCGAUUAUCAUGUAGCAUAUACCUUGUGUUCGAGUACAUGGAACAUGACAUUACCGGACUCUUGUCUAACCCUGACAUCAAAUUCAGUGAGGCACAGAUUAAAUGCUACAUGAAGCAGCUGUUAUCUGGACUUGAGCAUUGUCACUCGCGGGGUGUAAUGCAUCGGGACGUAAAAGGAUCAAAUCUUCUGGUGAGCAAUGAAGGAAUUCUGAAGGUGGCUGAUUUUGGGUUGGCAAACUUCUGUAAUACCGGUCAUAAGCAACCCCUAACCAGUCGUGUUGUAACUCUAUGGUAUCGUCCUCCUGAACUUUUGCUUGGAUCGACUGAUUAUGGAGCUUUUAUAGAUCUAUGGAGUGUUGGCUGCGCGUUUGCAGAGCUACUAAUGGGGAAACCUGUUCUUCAAGGGAGAACAGAGGUUGAACAAUUACACAAGAUUUUCAAGCUUUGUGGCUCCCCGCCAGAAGAUUACUGGAAAAAGUCCAAACUUCCUCACGCCACUCUAUUUAAACCACAACAACCUUACGAUAGUUCUCUGCGGGAUACCUUUAAAGAUUUUCCUGCAGCCACUUUGAACCUACUAGAGACUCUCCUUUCUGUAGAACCACACAAGCGUGGGACUGCCUCCUCCGCUCUUGCAUCCGAGUAUUUCAAAAUGAAGCCUCAUGCAUGCGAUCCGUCAAGCUUGCCUAUAUACCCACCUAGCAAGGAGAUAGAUGCGAACAACCGGGAGGAGGCAAAUAGGAAAAAAAUUGGUGGGCGAGUUCGUGGAUCUGAAACACGAAAGCCAGCAAGAAAGUCACUUGGGUUUAGUAAAUUGGCACCAGCAGAGGACUUGGCAGCUGAGUCUCGAGGUUCUUAUAAAAUUAAUGGCAGUAAUGGACAUAUUCUCAAGGAAGAUAAUUCAAUAGUAGGUAGGGAGCUUCCAAAGCCGUCAGCUGGUAAAGCAGAAGACUCUUCGCAUGUAAAAAAUGCAUCUCAAGGAGACAUUCCGUUCACCGGUCCAUUAGAGGUUUCUACAUCAAGUGGCUUUGCAUGGGCAAAGAGACGAAAAGAUGAGGCUAGAAGAUCUCAUACUCGGUCUAUUUCAAGAGGACACAUUUUUAACACGUUAGAAUCUUCGAUCACAGUGCAUACAAGGAGCAACUUUGACCCAAGAAGGCAUGAAAAUGGGGAACUUACGUACAAGGGGUGCACAGAUUCUAGAGGGCAAGAUUCAUACGAGAUUGCAAAGCUUGCGAUGCUGAAACAAUGGGGCAAGCUUGAGCAUCCAGAUUCCUUUGAUGCUUCCGAGGAGUACCAUUCGCAGGAAUUAUCAUUGGCACUUUAUCAGAGAGAGGAAAUGGCAGCUAAAAGUGAUACAGGGUUUCAAGUUCAAGAUCAAGGAGACAAGGUUGAAUUUUCUGGACCCUUGUUGUCUCAACCGUAUAGAGUUGAUGAAUUUUUGGACAGACAUGAGCGCCGCAUCAGAAGGGCGACCCGGAACUCAUGGUUUCAUAGAGGUAAGAAGCAGGGGAAGUAAAUGUCUGAUGGAGAGACUUUUGAGUAAACCAGAAAAGGAAACAGGUCUCGACGAGAAACAGAUUAUACAAGAGUUCAACUUGGUUGCUGGCAUUUCCAUCUAGGUGGCUGCAUAUACUAGUUGAGGAAGUGAAAAUCUCCGCCACAAACUCGGUGACAAAGCAAGCAGAGAAACUACCGAUCCACCUUAGAAUAUUCGGGAGGGGAGGAAAGCAUGGUCUCUUUCUCUUGUUCAAACUUUUUGUUUGUUGCCUGAUUAGCUCUUGGUUUCCUGUUUUGUCAAAGUCCCGUUGGGCUAAUGUAUAGAUUCGUAGCAAUGGUUUCCGAGGAAAAGCCAUGUACAGUUUCUUGUUUCGUAGGUUAGGGCAUCAGGCCUCUCUUCGUAUCGUUAUAGCUUUGGUUCUUCUGAACUUCUCAGCUUUCAGAAGAGUCUUGAAGUGAAAGAACAGCAAAAAUGGAAGGAUUCUUAGCUCGCAGCAGGUUUGCAUA